AGCUCCGCGUUUUCCCUCGCGCUCGGUCCAGGAGGUCACUCGGCGCGGAGGACACGAAGAAGAAGAAGUCCGCUCCGCUCUUAUUCAACGCCGCUCGCCAUUAAACAGGCCGAUGAGCAGCGCGGCGUGCCGGAGAGUCCUGCGGGCGGCCGGCUCCUCUGCCGCGGGCCCCCCCCCCUGCUCCUCCUCGGCCCUCCGCAGCUGGGUCGCGACCUCCACCUCCCGCUGUGCGCCCCGCAGGGGGCUGUCCGCGGCGGGCAGCAUCAACGUGUUCAACCGGGACAUGAAGAAGCGGCAGAAGAACUGGGCGGCGGCGCUGCGGGACGGACACCAGUACGACUACCUGCGGGACGAGGUUGGCAGUCGAGUGGCAGAUCGGGUCUAUGACAUCGCGAGGACGUUUCCUCUGGCUCUGGACAUCGGUGCUGGAAAAAGUCACAUUGCAGAGCAUCUCAGCAAGGACGUGGUGGAGCGUUUGUUCCUGACGGACGUCUCGGAGGAGACUCUGAAACAAACCAGACGGAGUGAAAUCCCGACUCAUCGGAUUCUUGCUGACGAGGAGUUUCUGCCGUUUAAAGAAAACACCUUUGACCUUGUUUUGAGCAGCUUGAGUCUGCACUGGAUUAACGACCUGCCUGGAGCUCUCAAACAGAUCCACCAGGCGCUGAAGCCGGACGGCGUGUUCAUCGGGGCGAUGGUGGGCGGCGAGACGCUCUACGAGCUGCGCUGCUCCCUCCAGCUGGCUGAGACCGAGAGAGAGGGAGGCUUCUCCCCCCACGUCUCCCCCUACACCGCCGUCACGGACCUGGGCAACCUGCUGGGCCGGGCCGGCUUCACCAUGCUCACCGUGGACAUUGAUGAAGUUCAGGUCCACUACCCGGGAAUUACUGAAGUCAUGACCGACCUUCAGGGCAUGGGUGAGAGUAACUGUGCCUGGAACAGGAGGUCGAUGCUGCACAGAGACACCAUACUAGCAGCAGGAGCCAUUUAUAAAGAGAUGUACGGUAACGAGGACGGCUCCGUCCCGGCCACCUUCGAGGUCCUCUACAUGAUCGGCUGGAAGCCUCAUGAGUCUCAGGCCAAACCAGCAAAGCGAGGCUCGGCUAGCUUGUCCUUUGGGGAUUUGUCAAAGAUCGGCCAGCCGACCAGCAGCACGGAGCAGUCAUAGGUUCACCUGAGCCAACAAACGGCUGACAUCCCGCAGAUUGUAAAUAAUAGAUUUGAUUUUAAAUAAAUAAAAUGAGCAUGAAAAAGAACCAAAAGGGCUCCAUGAGAACGUUGUUUCCUCUCACAACCACACGGCACGUGAUGCUCCGAAGGUGACGAUUCACUAAGCUGCAGCAGUGCGCGCUCGUAGCUCCGUUAGCUGUUAGCAAAACAAACAAAAUGAAAAACUUAAUGUGUGUUUCCAAAACCAGUUUGUUUCCUAUUUCUGCAGAAUGACAUCUGACUAACCGCCUCUUUUCCACUGCAACCUCAUGAGUCAUCACUUCCUCAUGAUUAAACAAGAAAGCUUUAUUCGUCGUUUGUCACUGAACAAGAUCCACAGGCUGCAGAGAUGUUGCUCCUCCGUCUCUGCUUGGUCCUCACUGGAUGUUUCUGUUGCAGCCGCGCCGAUCGUCCUCAGCAGACUGUGCUGCAGGGCGCCGAGGCCACGCUGCUCUGUCCCGACGAGACGGGAGACGUCACAUGGAGGCGGUUCAUAAACGGCAAACUGGUGGCGCUUGUCACCGUCACAGACGGCGUCGAGAAGAUGGAAGAUAAACGCUACGGUUCCCGGGGGAAGACCUCCCUGGUGAUCAGAGACGUCACGUCAUUUGACUCCUCCAUGUAUUUCUGUAACCACAAGAAGGUGUAUCUGACCGUGACAAAAGAUCCCAGCGAGGUGGGUCCCGAUGGCGGACGCGAGGGCGCCACGCCAGCAAACGCCGGGCCGGGAACCGCCGGAGACGCAGGGAACCGGCCCCCAUCAGGGCGCUGGAAAGGACCCGUUGGGAUGGUGGCGGGAGCCGCGUUGGUGAUCUUGGGGGUUUUAACACUGAACUUCUGCCACCAAAAGCGAACGGAGAAAACCAACAGGCUGCACAAGACGGAGGCGAUUUAUGAGGAGAUCGACGUAGGCCGGCAGUCUCGUUCGGAACGUCCGCACCACUUCGCAAGCGUCGGCGAAAUGGCAAACCAGCUCCCCGCCAGAGGACGCGUCUGGCGGGAGUGUGUGUACUCACUCGCCCAAAGCCCACCGAGCACAGGAAGCGUGGGCGGAGAGGACGGCGUUCCGGUCGGUGGCCUUUCACACUCUGUAAUCUGAUCGUGAUAGAAACCGCUCCGUCGCUCUAAAGGUUGACGUUGUGCCUCUUUGAGGCCAAAAUGAAUAUUCUGACAUGAUGCAACGCUCUGGAUGCAGCUGUUUUCGCACCGAACAUUUAAAGACAUAUUCUCAACUAAUGAAGCCUGAAGCUGUGCAUUGUUCCUUUAAACACAAGCCCUGAAACCUGUAACGCAUCUCGCCUCCUAAAUAAAACACUUUGAGUCACAAACAUCAA